UCGUUUGAAGCUCAGCUCGUUGCUGUUCUCGAAAAGGCACAACGGUUAAGUCUGUCGUUGGAGGCCGCAAGUUGCAAAUGUCUUUCCCAAUUCAAUCGGUGCUGUGAAUGAUGUUUGAAACGUUGAACCUGACUGAAAACAAGAAGCGAAUGGGUGCAGAGAGCAGCGAGAGGCAGCUAGCAACAGCUGCGUGGUUUGAUCAAUAAUAAUAACAUGUAGAAUCUAGGUUACAAGAAGUGGCAGCAAAGCUGGGCUCCUGAAAGGAGCACUACGCACAUAACCCUCGUCGUACCUCUGGCACUGCCGCACCAUGUCGAACCAGUUCAAUGAGGAGGGCACGGCGUCCGACCUGGACCGGGACCUCGGGCCCCGGGUCAUGAUGGUCCGGGAGCUCGAGGCGAACCAGGACUCCAGUCUGGAUGACGAGUCGGAGGAGGACGAAGACGACCGCUGGCGGGAGCUGGUCAGGGGCCAGGACGUGCCGUCGGACUAUUGGCACAUCCAGAAGCUCAUCAAGUACAUGAAGGUGGGCAACCAGACGGCGACCACGGUGGCCCUGGCCUGCCUCAAGGACCAGGACCUCGCCUCCGACAUCAACCAGAUGGCCAUCCGCGACUGCGGUGGCAUGGAGGUCCUCGUCAACCUGCUGGAGGCCCAGGAGCUCAAGUGCAAGCUUGGCACGCUGGCCGUGCUGCAGGUCAUCUCCCUCAACAUCGACUGCCGGCGCGCCAUCACCGACCUGGGCGGCGUGCAGCAGCUCGUGGAGAUCCUGGACGACCCCGCGCGCGACCUGCAGAUCCUGGCCGCGGGCACCAUCGCCAACGUGUGCAAGAUCAGGAAGGCCCGCAAGAUCGUGCGCAAGUCCGGGGGCAUCCCCAAGCUGGUGGACCUGCUCGACGCAGACCCACACCUCGUGGACACGCCCACGGCCGAGAUGACCCCCGAGGAGGCGGAGGCCGUGAAGGUGGUGGUGGCGGGGGCGCGCGCGCUGUGGGCACUGUCCACGUCGCAGAAGAACAAGGAGGCCAUGCGCAAGACGGGCGUGGUACGGCUGCUGGCGCGGCUACUGCGCCUCGGCCACAACGACAUCAUCGUCCCCAUCAUGGGCACCGUGCAGCAGUGCGCCACCGAGAGCAACUUCCAGCUGGCGAUCCAGACGGAGGGGAUGAUCCCAGACCUGGUGGAGUACCUCAGGAAUGACAACACCGAAAUCCAGAAGCACUGCGCCUCGGCCAUCUUCAAAUGCGCCGAGGACCCCGUGACGCGUGACAUCGUGCGCGAGCACAACGGCCUGGAGCCGCUGGUGAACCUGGUGAAGGACGAGCGCCUGCAGGACGACAAGCCCCUGGUGGCCGCGGCAACGGGGGCCAUCUGGAAGUGCGCCAUCAGCCUGGAGAACGUCAAGAAGCUCAACACGCUCGGCAUCAUCCCCGCCAUGGCGCGCCUGCUGCAGGACCAGGACAAGGAGGUCAUCACCAACGUGGUGGGCGCGCUCGCCGAGUGCUGCAAGGUGACGUCCAACCGCGCCGAGGUCCGCGCGCACGGCGCCAUCAAGCCCCUGGUGCUGCACCUCAACGGCACGCACCAGCCCCUGCUGCGGAACGUGGCGCGCGCCCUCAACGAGUGCGCCAAGGACAAGGAGUGCAUGCUGGAGAUCGAGGAGCUGGACGGCGUGCGCCUCAUCUGGUCGCUGCUGAAGAACGACAGCCCCGAGGUGCAGGCCGAGGCCGCGUGGGCGCUGUGCCCGUGCAUCAUCAACGCCACGGACUCUGGCGAAAUGGUGCGCAGCUUCGUGGGGGGCUUGGAGCUGAUCGUGUCGCUGCUCAAGUCCCCCCACACCAACGUGCUGGCGUCCGUGUGCGCGGCCCUGGCCCGCGUCGCCCUGGACAGGGAGAACCUGGCCGUCAUCACGGACCACGGCGUGGUGCCCAUGCUGGCGCAGCUGGUGCUCACGACUCAUGCACAGUACUCCUACCCAGAAAUGUCUGUGGCGGAGAACGAGCUGCUCCGCGAGCACCUGGCCUCGGCCAUCGCCAACUGCUGCAGCUGGAACAACAACUGCCACCAGUUCGGCGCGCUGCACGCCGUGCGGCCCCUCGUCACCUACCUGGAGUCCAACAACAAGGCCGUGCACCGCACCACGGCGCUGGCCCUGCACCAGCUCUCCACCGACCCCUACAACUGCAUCACCAUGCACCAGGCGGGGGUCGUCUCGUAUCUCCUGGAAACCAUCGGAUCGUCGGACGAGGUCCUCCAGGAGGCGUCCGCAGGCUGCCUGAGCAACAUCCGGAAACUUGCGCUGUCCGCAGAGAAAUUCAAAUACGAGAACUGAAAGAUGUGCCACCUCCCCAUUUUUGUAUUAGUCUUAUCCUUUUUUCUACGUACAGGGUAUUUAUUGUUAGUUACCUUCAAAACUACGAAAUAAAUUGGCGGUUCACUCGUUGUCGUUAAACUUGA